UAACCGAAGUAGAAGAACGCAGAAGUUCUUGCUGUGAUUGUCACUACUAUGUGUGGACCCACAACUUUCUUAUUUCCAUAUCUUCAAACUUUACAAUAGGUUUUCCUCUUCGUUAAUAAGACUGACGUCAAAAAGUGUGAAGUAUUGUUUUGUCCGACGCCAGCUUAUUCGAUGCUUACACAUGUGCUACGACGCGCGACACAUGUGGUGCACACGUCAUGUGGAAGACACUACUGUCGCGACACCUUACCUCUUCUCACUAUGUACACUAAGAAAUCCGGACAGUGCAAAAUUGGCAAAAUGGACGCCAAGCAAAGAACUCCGAGACACACUUGUGGACAUGUACACAGAUAACCCUAAAGUGAACGAGGAACUACGACAGCGACUUCCUUCUAACCAACGCCCAGUGAAUCCACACAGCAGUGUGGAACCAUCCGUCUUCCAGCUUCCCUUGGAGACUCCCCACUCUAGCAUCGUCCCCUUUCCCGCCCAGGGGAAGACAUCUUGCCUGGUGCCCUCCAGAAAGUCAGGUGUAGUAAACAUGGAGACAGACUUUUCAGACCUGGCUACUGAGACCUGCGAAGGACCGCUGCUUCCAACAGGGGAAUGUCUUGUCAGCAGUCAUCGGGAUGUCGGGAUUGGUCACACGGUAACUGGCGUUCAAGCCCAGGAUGAAGACAAGAAGGUGUCAUUGUUACUCAGAGAAUUGGAUGCACUGAGAGAUAUUAACAUGAAGCUGCUGGACCAGCUGAGCCUGAAGGAAGAAGAGCUACAUAAAAAGGAGCUGGAGAUGAUGGCCGAAACAUUGGAGUUCAAAGCCUGGGAGAAACCUUCGGAGUUCCUGGACGAAUUGUUGAGUGCUCGCAAGAACCGAGAUGAGGCUAUGAUGUCACGAGUCCUGUUAGCCAAUCAGGAGCGAGAUGAAGCUUUAAGCCGCGUCGCUCGACUGCAGCAGGCUGCUGAGUGUGACCCGAUUGACACAUCGUUCGGCGACAGCGACUCGGAAAUGGAGGAAAUUCUUCAGCGCGUUUGCAACUCUGCCUGUGCGCAAGAAGUGGCUCGGUUGGGUUCGGUCCUGGUGGAACGCGUGCGCUCAGAGGCAAGGCGCCGCCGCGACAUCACUACACAGGAGAUGAAGGCCGUCAUGGAUGAGCGUGACGGCUCACUCGCUAAGUGUCGACGCCUGCAACAGGAAGUCAUGCAGGAGAGAGAGCAGAGGGUGAACAAGGAAGAGCUGAUUAAACUUCAGCGAGAACGAGACGCAGCCGUGGACGACAGGAAGCGGCUGGAGGCGGAGCUACAGUUGCUGCGAGCUAAUUACAGUUCUGAGGACCUGGUGAAGGCUCCUCCCCCUAUGGACGGGCCAGCCCCACCCCUUCUAUCUCAGCUCCGGCAGCUCACUGAGGACAAGCGUGAAGUGGAGGCGGAGCUUCUGCGUUGCCGGGAGGCGGAGCGAGACGCCAGAGAGAGAGUGCAUAGGUUGGAACGUCUGGUGGAAGUUUUACGGAAAAAAGUGGGCACAGGUAGCCUGCGCGCCGUCGUCUGAUUGGUCGGGCGAUUUCACUUGAUGACAUCACCAGGUGACAACACUUCUAUCCAGACUCACUUUGGACUGUGAAGGGAAAAAACCCGCAAAUAAUAACACUCCCUCCCUUUUGCGGUGUCCAUGGCGACGGCGGCCAGUCGGCUCGCGCUCGACUUGGGUGUCCCCACGCUCCUAAUCCACCCGCACCCCUAAUCUGCCUGUUGAUAACAAAGAGCGCCUUUGUUGCCGUCCUCUUCUGACGCCACCUGUGGGCGGACGCGCGCACGUGCGCCUUUGGCCUUUCAAACAACUUUCGGGCAUUGAAAUUAAGGACUGAAGUCCAGAUUAACUCAUUGGCUGCCAUUGAUGGCGAACCAGACCUGCUUUUAAAAAUGAACUCUUCUUAUAUGACCACACAAUGACUUUGGCCUGUUACCACUUCCAACACUCAAACAAACAACAAUCUUCCCACUCCACUUAUGGAUUUAAUGUUAUUUUGUUAAUAUUAAAAUGAUGACGUUAUCAUGUUAAAACUUGAGAUUUAUAUCAAUAAAAUUUUAAACUUAUGUGGUUCAAAAGUGAAAUUUAACAUUGAUCAUGAUAAUCUUGAUUAUCAGGGUGAAAUUUGAAAUUUCUCAUGUUAUAAUGUAAAAUUUAUAAUGUUAAAACAUGAAAUUUUCAUCAUUAAAAUGUGAAAUUUCUCAUUUUCAAGAGUAAUAUUUGUUGCCUUAAAAUGUGAAAUUUCUUAUGUUAAAACAUGAUAAUUAUCUCAUUAAAAUGGGACAUUUGUCAUAUCCGAGUAUAAUAUUUAUCACAUUACCAGGCUCAAGACUUAAACUUUUUUACUAGGAGCACAGUGGCCCCUAACUUGAAACUUUGGGCCCCAAGCAGAAGAUUUAGGGGCAUCCAAAGUAAAUCAACAUGCAAAGUGUUCCUCUAAUUUUCACUGAUUAACCGAUUUAACUGAUUAACUCUUUUCAUAAUAAAUGCAUAAAACUAAAAACUACAAACUUAUGAAUCUAUGUUUGAUUCUCUAUCAGUUUUGACUUCAACCAGUAGGCUGCUUAGAAAUUUGUUUAACAUGGGAAUUUUGUUCUAUUUCUUUCACUGUCACCUGGCACUACAACCAAUCAGCAACAGAUUUAUUGAUCGACAAAUAGCUUGCGAGGACACUGGACAACCCAGAAAUUGACGUCCACACGCCACGCUUUGUCAACAUUUUAUCAUUUUAGCAGUGUGCAACCAACACAUACUUUAUGAUACAACUCGGCAUGAUUUCCGGGACAUAAAUUAAAAAGCAGCAGUAUGGGAAGUUGGUAGUACUCAGAAAUGACCUAAAAUUUGAAAAUGCCCUCCAAAUUCCUCGCUAAUCAGCGACUAGCAAUGACGCACAGGCAGAGGGCGUUGCGUAUUGCUGUCGCUUGCCGCUGCAGUAGCAUGGCACCCCGUGUGUUGCCUUUCGGCUCAACAGCGAUGAUUUUCACAUUUCGCCAUCGCCUCCCGUGUGUUGAGCCCCUGAGCCGGACUUAUUCCCCUCGUUGGCCUCCUUUGAAACAGUGCCGACGGGUUUGUUGGAAAGAAAGUAGUCAUUUAAUGUCCUUUUUGCAAUUGUUUGCAAGUGCUGUCAAGUUUUCUCCACUACCUUAAUUAUAACCAGCUCCACACAUCUACCGACUCCACCUACUUUGUCUUCUGUUGUAUUUUCCCUUGGCAAACCAGGUCGUUACAUUACUGCCAACUAGUGGUUUUAAACGUGAAGGAGUUGUCAGCAACAACAAAUAAACAACAGCAAUGCUACUGGUCGCGUAUGAGCGAGUAAAUUUAAAACAUACUCAUACUAGCUUUAAUUUUAGUCGCAAAAUGCGACCAUUUGGUAGCAGUUUGGAGCCUUGCAUUAGCCCUAAAUCAAAUUAAAAAUUUAAAUCAAGACAGUUUCAUGAAAUUUAUAAGGUUGAAUUGUAAAAUUUGGCAUUUCAAAAAGUGACAUUUUUAUCGUUAAACUGUAUAAUUAUUUGUAUACAUAUACAAUCUCAUGCUCAUAUAAUUUGAGAGAUGUUAUUUUGCAGUAACAUUACUCUUGAGUAAAAAUUUUGGCGACUACCCACCUCUGGUGGUCAUUACAUUUGUGCACCUCGUCCAUGAAUAUGUCAGCCUGAAAGAAAUUUCGUCUCUUUUUAAUGGCCAAAAGAUCCAUUCCUCAAAAUGUUCUUUUGCUGUCAAAUUACCGGCGUUUUAGACCGGACGGAGGUGAGCCCAUUCUGGUCAGCCAUCACUGUAUUUGCGCACUUAGUCAAUACAUGUGGCAGAAAACACAGACAAGACUGAAAAAGCAGUUUCUGCUCUUGCACUCCUCUUUAAAGGAAACUGCUGUAUUUUAAGCCAAAACAACUGUUGUGUUUGAUAGAACAAUGUGUCUACAGUAUAUGCUGCCAUAGCAGAUUCAUGGCUCAUUAAGCCCCCAAACUAUUUUUAAUUUGUCCGUCUUUCCCUGGAAACCCCCGUUUACAGAUGUUUUCUUUUGUUUCAAUCCAGCCAUAAAACGAAGGUAAUUAAUUAUAUUUGUUAUUCAAAAUUUCAGUAAUUUUUAGCUAAGAAUCAUUAAUUGAUGUCUAAUAUUUCGUUUAAAAAUAAAAGAACCACUUUAAAAAAUUAUUCACUUGCAUAUUUUAAAUUUUUAAACGAAUUAAGUCACAAUGAAAAAAAUGGUUUCUUUAAAAAAGUCACCGAUAUCUACCUCAUACAGUAGGGCAAAUAAGUAUUUAGUCAACCACCAAUUUUGCAAGUUCUCCUACUUGAAAAGAUUAGAGAGGCCUGUAAUUGUCAACAUGGGUAAACCUCAACCAUGAGAGACAGAAUGUGGAAAAAAAAACUGAAAAUCACAUUGUUUGAUUUUUAAAGAAUUUAUUUCCAAAUUAGAGUGCAAAAAAAGUAUUCGGUCACCUACAAACAAGCAAGAUUUCUGGCUGUCAAAGAGGUCUCACUUCUUCUAACGAGGUCUAACGAGGCUCCACUCGUUACCUGUAUUAAUGGCACCUGUUUUAACUCAUCGGUAUAAAAGACGCCUGUCCACAAUCUCAGUCAGUCACACUAGUCGCAAACUCCACUAUGACCAAGACCAAAGAGCUGUCGAAGGACACCAGAGACAAAAUUGUAGAUCUGCACCAGGCUGGGAAGACUGAAUAUGCAAUGGGUAAAACGCUUGGUGUAAAGAAAUCAACUGUGGGAGAAAAUACAUUAUUAGAAAAUACAUACAUACAAGACUACUAAUAAUCUCCCUCGAUCUGGGGCUCCAUGAACGAUCUCACACCGUGGCGUCAAAAUGAUAACAAGAACGGUGAGCAAAAAUCCCAGAACCACACGGGGGGACCUAGUGAAUGACUUACAGAGAGCUGGGACCACAGUAACAAAGGUUACUAUCGGCAACACAAUGCGCUGCCAGGGACUCAAAUCCUGCACUGCCAGACAUGUCCCCCUGCUGAAGCCAGUACACGUCCAGGUCCGUCUGCGGUUCGCAGGAGAGCAUUUGGAUGAUCCAGAAAGAGGACUGGCAGAAUGUGUUAUGGUCAGAUGAAACCAAAAUAGAACUUUUUUGGUAGAAACACAGGUUCUCGUGUCUGGAGGAGAAAGAAUACUGAAUUGCAUCCGAAGAACUCCAUACCCACUGUGAAGCAUGGGGGUGGAAACAUCAUGCUUUGAGGCUGUUUUUCUGCAAAGGGACCAGGAUGACUGAUCUGUGCAAAGGAAAGAAUGAAUGGGGCCAUGUAUUGAGAGAUUUUGUGUGAAAAUCUCCUUCCAUCGCCACACGAUGUCAUGUUUCGAGAGAAGGCGACGCAGGUUUUACCCAUUCACAGUCACAAUUGGAGACAGUAUAGUAUAAUAAUAACAGUCAAUAUACAUGACAUUGUGCUGAGAAGAAAAAUAUAACAUUGUUUGCAGGCUGCAACUAACGAUUAUUUUUAUGAGCAAGUAAUCGGACAAUUAAUUAAAUGAUUAAUCGUAUAAAUGUUGCUUUUUUAAAUUACAUUCACUAUUUAAAUUGAAGUUGUUUUAGCCAUAUUGUAAGUAACAAUGAACACAGAAUGGAUGACUAUUUCCUUCAAAAAUAUUUUAUUACAGCUUCCUGACUUAACUGUAGUCUAUAACUACUGUUUUUAGUACAUAAAAUUUGUUGUUGUUUUUUAAUGAAGGUUCUGAGUAAAUAAAAAGAAUUUCUCAGUACACAAAUCAGACAAAAGUCCUCAUCAUUGAAUGAAUCAGUUUUCUUUGUCAAACAGUUGUUCAUAAAUAUAAUCCAAAUCCAAUUUGAAAGCACACUCUCUUAUAUGACAAUUUACAGUUUGAAUGGGAGUUUGUGUUGAAAGGAGACUCUAAGCCAGGGGUCAGGAACAUUUUUACCGAGAGAGCCAAAACACCCAACAUUUUUGAAAAUAUAAUUCCACAAGAGCCAUACAGUGUGUCAUAUAAAUAUAUAUUCUGUUGCCAGCUUGUCAGAGUCUGCUUUAUGAUCACUGUUUAUUUCGUGCGCGCAUAUGAACGCAUCAUUCAGGAGCGAGGGCACGCUCAGCUUUUACAAGCAGUCGCAGAGUUUUGAUUGAAAUAAAUCUUUAGAAAACCCCAACGAAAGCCUGACAUUGUUACUUGGGAUGUUACAGUCAUUGCACAGUUGCACACUCACCACUUGGAAAAUAACAACUAGAAACAUUGUGUGGCGCUGCGCAUAUUUCCUGGAAGUAGAAACCGCAGCCAGAGAACUUGUAAAUAACAGUGGCCGAGACAGGUGGAGCCUCUUGGGGCAGCCAUUUUGUGGGUCUCACUCUCCUGAAAGCGGCGACAAUUUUGACAGGCGAAAUAGUAAUGAAAGUGAAACUCAUCCACACCUCCGUUCACUUUUGUGGUUUAAUUUUCCCCUACGCAUUUUUUAUAUACUCCAAUUCGCAUUAAGUGGGGAGGGGCCAUCUCCGCUGUUGGCUGAGCGGAGACUUAACGCGCGAGACGAGCUAAAGCCCAUCUCCAUGUAAUCCGCGACAGGAGGGCCACCAAUGGGCACUGAAUUGAAGCAUAUUAUUGCGACGUACGUUUGAAGGUCCAAUAAACAUGUGUGAAUGGACCAUCAGCUCAUCACAACUCGUUCAUGUCAAACGACCUGGCCGUUUCCACAUUUAAAAUUACAGCUUGAAGGAGAUCCAGAUGUGCUCAUCAAAAGAGCAAUAUGGCUCGGUAGACAUAGGUUUCCAAUCUCUGCUCUAAGCUAUUAUAUGAAUGGGUUGAUGUGUGUGGUUUCUUCAUAAAAACAAAAUGAGACAACUUUAAUAUCUAAUUCUAGUGCUAAUAUGCUUCUCCAAAACACAAUACAAACGAACACAUAAGACAUUGAUUAGCACAAUCGCUAAUUAGCUUAGCACUCCUUGCCAAGUAAAUACAUCUCAACAAGUAAGAAUACAAACAAUACAAGUGACUUCAUUUACUCACCUCUGACGGAGGCGCACUGGAUCUAAUAACACACACGACUCAAGACACUCUAACAGUUGCAUAAAUAUUAUUGAUUCAGCAACUAAACCUGAGUCCCUUAGUGAAUACUCUCUCUCUCUUGCUCUCAUCACAGCGCACACACGCAGCCUCAUUACACACAAACAUCGACCCAAAGGGGACUGCUCAUAGCUGCUGGCAAGAAUCAAUUAUCAUAUUCAUUGGCAACUACUUAUCAAUCAAUUUAAUCGACUAGUUGUUGCAGCCUUCAGGAAGCAGUUACUCAUUACUUGAUUAUUCUUUUCACUGAAUACUUUUUUACUUCACACGUCUUACUUUUGGGAUGAUUACUUUUACCUGAGUAACGUUGAGAUGAAGACACGCUACUCUUUCUUGAGUGAAAUCUUUGGCUACUCUACCUACCUCUGCAAUUUAACAAGAGGCUUCCUCCACACAGCAUCCGUUUUGUAGCUGCGGGUUGACAAAGGAAAGCGGCUUGAAUUUCCACAACACAGUGAGGAAACUAAGGGAAGGAAAUGUGCUAAGUACCAGGAAAUAGGCCCAUUGAAGUUAGCAUUGUGCAUCAUAGGGGCAGAGAAAAAGAGCGCUGUGAAGCCGUAAAAAAGGCCACGAACGAGGUGGUUUUGGAUUUUAGAGGGAUGAAUGGUGGACUGCUAUUGCGACAAAACGGGUUCUGAUCAACACCUGCUGGGUCACCUGGGUGACCCCAGAAUACAUCAUUAAGUAUGUGUCCAAGUGCAUCCAUGUGUCUUGUACUGUAAUUUCCCAUGAUAAAAUGUCAAAAAUUUGCUAGGAGGCUAAUUAUUUUGAGAUGGAAAUGUUCAGCCCCCCAUACACAAGCCAAUUGGAUUUUAAAAAAUGCUGUACUUGGAAAAAAUUGACACUCUUUGGAUCGGCGUGGUCUUUUGAGAAUGCUUGGAACCCUUUUUUGUCAUAUGUCAGAAGCACAGAUUGUCAUUUUAGUGUGGAUUUUUGAACUUUGCCUGAAAAUCCACAAUAAUUUGUUUGUU